AUGCUUUUCUCUACCCUCACCUUUGCUCCUGCCGUGGCAGCUGCGGUGGUCCACGUCCAGUUGACCCGCCGUGGUCUCAUCCAGCAGAGUGUCGGUGCAAUCAACACCGACGUUGGCAGCGGCUACUCAUUCCCGAUUGGUCUUGGAACCCCUCCCCAGAACCUUUCUGUGUUCCUCGGCAUGGGAUCGGGCAACGGUCUCACCAUGUUCGGCUGUAACGGGUGCCAAGACACGCCGUUCUACCAGCCAAACAAGUCCAGCACAUGGAACCGUACACAGAAUGUCCAAGGCGCGUUCGACGUGGCCUUUGACACAACCCAACUCCUUGGAAAAUCGAUCCCCAAUGCUCCGUGUGCGUACGGCAAUUCGACUUUUGCAACCCAGCAAUAUGGCUCCAACACGGGCCAGGCCGGCCAGCUCUCCUUUGGUCUUGGCCUCACUGCCAGCCCCCAAAUCCAAGCCAUCGUUCCCUCUAUCGCUGACACAUGGGACGAGCCAGUCUUUGGUGUCCAUCUCGGCAGUAACGGCGGACAGCUCUCUUUUGGCGGAGUCGACAACACGCUGUAUCAGGGUGACCUGGCGUACAUUCCCACAAUCAACAAUCGCACUUGGAACUUUGCAGCCGACGGCCUGGGAAUCGACGCAAGGGACAUUGACACCGCAUCUUACCUAACGUCCCCAGCUGCGGCCAUGGCUCAGCAGGGUGCCACCCCACAGCCAGUCCCCGACGCACAGCGCCGCAUCGUGAUCCGCCCCGAAAUGGGCGCCGACUUUAUGAAGCUCACACCUCAGCUCGCGGAUCAGAUGUUUGCCCCCAUCGCUGGUUCCUCGCGAACCCCACCCGUGCAGUCUCAGCCCAACGAGGACCAGGUGUGUGCUAGCACUGGCAUGCCGACCAACGCCGGGUACAGCUACAACGUGCCGUGCAACACGACCUCUACCAUCCAGAUCAAGAUCAACGGCACCGACUACGCCAUUCCCCCGGCAAAAUGGGUCGUACAGGCCCCUUCUAACUCGACCGGUGGCGCCCAGGCAGCCUGCAAGACCCGUGUGCUUGUUGCCGACAACGAAAAUGGCUUCGGUGACGAGCUGUAUGACGUGCUUCUCGGCACUGUCUUCCUUGACUCGCUCUACUCGGCUUUCCGCUACGACGCCCUCCAGCCUCAGAUUGGCUUUGCCCAGCUCUCUGACAAGGCCAAGACCUCUGCGACGACUAGCGUAGCCGUCGCGCAACCAACGACCUCUUCCAAAAAUAGCGCCACCCGCCACUCGGCUGGCGCAGGAGUCCUGCUCGCCGCAGCUGUCGCCGUCUUUGCCGCGUGA